UGUACAUCGAUCUGCUCUUCACCAUCAAACACGCUGCCAGAUAAUAAACCAUAUCAUCGCCAUGAAUGCGGCAGAUUUCAGCACCAAUAGGCACUCCGCGAACGUGCAAAUGGCCAUGCACAUGGCAAGCAAACAUACGGAUCUUUGCUUCAACGAUGGAAAUAUAGUCUUGCUCGCCGGCAUGUCCUAUUUCUUAGUUCAUCAAGGGCUCCUAGCACGGCAUUCCGAGGUUCUGGAUGAACUCAUGCGCUCCAUAGACAACACUCCGACACUCGAAGACCGCCCAGUCCUUACCUUACCAGAUUCAUCUACAGAUGUAGCGCUUUUCUUGAAAGCGAUGUAUGAUGGAAUAUCAUUCGUGACUUAUAAUUCAGAGGGAUUUCCAACGCUCUCAGGCCUCCUCCGCAUGUUGACCAAGUACAAAGUGCACCAUCUCCGGAACGAUAUCUUACGCGGACUCUCCAACUACUGGCCUACUACCCUUGCCCAAUGGGACACGCGUGAGGCAUCUGUGACCGGACAAGAUGGUACCUAUACACCACGCGAUUCUCUGCCGCACCCCAUAGAAAUCAUUAACCUCGCUCGUGAAAUCGAUUACCUACUACUUCUGCCAUCCGCGAUGUACGACCUAACCCGUUCCACUCCAAGUGAAGCUGCGAUUGGUUUUGUAUCACCCUUCACCGGCGUAAACGUCAGAUUAGAAUACGCCGAUCUUCUGACCGUUCUCAAAGGUCGCGAACAAGCUUCUCGUUUUUUCUCAACGUUCAUCGUCAACAACCUGGAAGGAAGGCAACCUUCCCAAUGGUGUCUACGUCGCAAGGAUGGCCACCCUGUCAAUAAGAGGACCUGUCAGAUUGCGUUCGAGGCCAUCACGUUCGAACUUCUGCGAGACAUCAACGGUAUCAUCAGUAAUCGGACCUCGGACCCACUGUAUGCGAUGGCCGAAGCAGAGCAAAUGCAGAUCCGCGACGACCUGUUGAACAGCGAGGUUUCUCCCAUGAAAACGUGCGAACACUGUCGGGUGGAGUUUGGAGCGGUAGUUGAUGCAGCAAAAGAAGACUUCUGGAAAAAGCUGCCCAAGUGGUUCGAUAUAGAUGUCUCCCCCUGGGGUUAA